AUGACCUCGCAGAACAGCAUUGGUUGGUCUGUUGAUGAAUGGAUUCAAUUCCAUUCCAAUUCUACUCCAGAUGCUUCUUACAACUUGUUACACAAUUUAUUGAAAUCUCAAAAGGUGGCUCCAAUUGAUCCAGCUUGGAUUUCUGUUGUAUCAGAAAAUAAUUUACAGCAACAAUGGCGAGUAUUGCAAAGUAAGAAUAAUAAGGAAACCUUACCACUUUAUGGUGUUCCGAUUGCCGUUAAGGACAAUAUCGAUGCCAAAGGGUUUCAAACGACAGCUGCUUGUCCUUCUUUCACAUAUGAACCUGAACAAGACUCUACAGUGGUAAAAUUAUUGAGAGACGCAGGUGCCAUUAUCAUUGGUAAGACUAAUUUAGAUCAAUUUGCAACCGGGUUGGUCGGGUGCAGAUCACCUUAUGGGAAGACUCCCUGUGCAUUCAGUGCUGAUCAUGUAUCUGGUGGAUCCUCCGCUGGUUCUGCUUCUGUAGUAGCCAGAGGAAUUGUGCCCAUUGCACUAGGCACAGACACCGCUGGUUCCGGUAGAGUUCCUGCUGCAUUGAACAAUUUAAUCGGUUUGAAGCCCUCAAAGGGCGUCUUUUCCUGUCAUGGUGUUGUACCAGCUUGCAAAUCACUUGACUGUGUAUCUAUAUUCUCAUUGAACUUGAGUGACGCUGAGCGUUGCUUUAAGAUUAUGUGCAAACCAGACACUGCUAAUGACGAGUACUCAAGAGCGUUCCCAUCUAACCCUCUUCAAAAAUACCCAAAGAAUGUCACUAUCGCUAUACCAGAGAAUGCCCCAUGGUACGGUGAAAUCGCUAACCAAAAACUUUACGAAGCCGCUGUUGAACAAUUGAAGAACACCGGGGCUAAUGUUAUUUCACUUGAUUUUGAGCCUUUGUUGGAAUUGGCUCGUUGUCUAUACGAAGGGGCUUGGGUAGCUGAAAGAUAUGAAGCUAUUAGAGACUUUUUGAGCACAAACCCACCAGAAGACACUUUGGACCCAACUGUUAUCUCUAUCAUCAAGACAGCUACCAAAUAUGAUGCAGCAGAUGCUUUCAAAUUCGAAUACAAGAGACAAGGCAUUUUACAAAGAGUUGAAAAAGUACUACAGGAGAUCGAUGUCUUGUGUGUUCCAACUUGUCCUUUGAAUCCGACUUUCGAAGAAGUUACUAAAGAACCUGUCUCGGUUAACUCCAAGCAAGGUACUUGGACCAACUUCGUCAACUUGGCAGAUAUGGCUGCCUUGGCUAUCCCAGCAGGUUUCAGACCAGAUGGUCUGCCAAACGGUAUCACUUUGAUCGGUAAGAAAUUUACAGAUUAUGCUUUGUUAGAUCUAGCUAAGACAUUCUUCCAGUCAAAGUACCCUAACGGCUCUAGAAAUUACGGUAUCUUCUUGGACUACAAGGUCAGCACCAAGGAUGAUGACUUAAAGGGUCCAGAGAUCACACCUUCCAGCUCAGUGAAAUUGGCAGUCGUUGGUGCGCACUUGAAGGGCCUACCUCUGCAUUGGCAACUUGAAAAAGUUAAUGCCACCUACAUUUCAUCUCCAAAGACCUCAAAGAAAUACAAACUUUAUGCUCUACCCAAGGUUGGCCCUAUUCUCAAGCCAGGUUUGAGAAGAGUCGGUGAUGAUGACGGCUCACAAAUUCAACUAGAGGUCUACAGCAUUCCAACGGAAAACUUUGGUACUUUCAUUUCUAUGGUCCCAGAACCAUUGGGAAUCGGUUCCGUUGAACUAGACUCUGGUGAAUGGGUCAAAUCUUUCAUCUGCGAAGAAUCCGGUUACAAAGCCAAGGGCUCCGUCGACAUCACCUCGUAUGGCGGUUUCAAGCCUUACUUCAACUUUUUAAAAGAAGAGGAAGGUAAAGUGAAGAAGCCAUUCAACACUGUUCUAGUUGCUAACAGAGGUGAAAUUGCCGUUCGUAUAAUAAAGACCUUGAAGAAACUAAAGAUUGAUUCUGUUGCUGUUUAUUCUGAUCCAGACAAAUAUUCGCAACAUGUUCUUGAUGCAGACAAAGCUAUCCCAUUAUAUGGUCGUACUGCAGCCGAAACAUAUCUGGAUGUCGACAAGAUCAUUAAAGCAGCCAAGGAAACAGGCUCUGAAGCUAUCAUUCCUGGUUAUGGUUUCCUCUCCGAAAAUGCUGAUUUCUCCGACCGUUGUGGGGCAGAAGGUAUAGUAUUCGUUGGUCCAUCUGGUGCUGCUAUCAGAAAAUUGGGUUUGAAGCAUUCCGCAAGGGAAAUCGCAAAGGAGGCCGGUGUUCCUUUGGUUCCUGGCUCUCCGUUGGUCAAGUCUGCAGCUGAAGCAAAAGAAAUCGCUGCCAAACUUGAAUAUCCAGUGAUGGUCAAAUCGACUGCCGGUGGUGGUGGUAUUGGUUUGCAAAAAGUAGAUUCCGAAGAUGAGAUAGAGAGAGUCUUUGAAACGGUUCAACACCAAGGCCAAGCGUACUUCGGUGAUUCCGGUGUUUUCUUGGAAAGAUUUGUUGAAAACGCAAGACAUGUGGAGAUCCAAUUGAUGGGUGACGGUAACGGUAAAGCUAUCGCUCUUGGAGAAAGAGAUUGUUCUUUGCAACGUCGUAACCAAAAGAUUAUUGAGGAAACUCCAGCUCCUAAUCUACCAGAAGCAACCAGAGCAAGAAUGAGAAAAGCAUCUGAAAACUUGGGUGCUCUCUUGCACUACAAAUGCGCGGGAACGGUUGAAUUCAUCUAUGAUGAGAAGAGAGACGAAUUUUACUUCUUGGAGGUCAACACAAGACUACAAGUUGAACAUCCAAUUACUGAAAUGACAACAGGCCUGGAUUUGGUCGAAUGGAUGCUUCGUAUCGCUGCCGAUGAUCCUCCAGAUUUUGAUUCUAGUAAAAUCACUGUUACUGGUGCCUCUAUGGAAGCUCGAUUGUACGCUGAGAAUCCUGUCAAGAACUUCCGUCCUUCUCCUGGUCAAUUAACUGAAGUUGAGUUUCCUAGCUGGGCUCGUGUUGAUACUUGGGUUUCCAAAGGUACUAAGAUCUCAGCUGAAUAUGACCCAACUCUGGCCAAGAUUAUCGUUCACGGAAAGGACCGUAACGAGGCCAUUUUGAAAUUGAACCAGGCUUUGAACGAAACUUCGGUAUACGGUUGUACCACCAACUUAGACUAUCUAAGAUCUAUCGCUUCCUCAAAAAUGUUUAAAGAAGCCAAGGUCGCUACGAAGGUUCUAGACUCCUAUGACUACAAACCAUCCGCUUUCGAGAUCCUAACACCAGGUGCUCAUACCAGUGUUCAAGAUUAUCCAGGUAGAAUCGGAUACUGGCGUAUCGGUGUUCCACCUUCGGGUCCUAUGGAUGCUUACUCAUUCAGAUUGGCGAACAGAAUUGUUGGUAAUAACGAAAAGGCACCUGCCAUCGAAAUUACAUUAACAGGUCCAACGAUCAAGUUCCAUACUGAAUGCGUAGUUGCCAUUUCUGGCGGAACAGCAGAAUGCACAUUGAAUGAUUCAGAAGUCGCUCUAAACAAACCUAUUACUGUUGGAAGAGGUGACGUCUUGGCAAUUGGCAAGCUAACUAACGGUUGUAGAGCUUAUUUGGCAGUAAGGAACGGUAUCGAUGUUCCUGAAUAUUUGGGAUCAAGAAGUACAUUUACCCUCGGUGAACUAGGUGGUUACAACGGAAGAGUCUUGAAACUCGGUGAUGUUUUGUUUUUGAACCAUCCAGAAUUGUCAUCUUCAUCAUUACCAGGUCCUGAGUUUGCUCCUCAACCAGCACCAGCUGAUUUGUUGCCAAGAUUCCCAACUAACAAAGAAUGGACAAUUGGUGUUACAUGUGGACCACACGGCUCGCCGGAUUUCUUUAAGAAAGAAUCUGUUGAGAAAUUCUUCGCCGAUAAGUGGAAGGUUCAUUACAAUUCUAACAGAUUUGGCGUUAGGUUAAUUGGUCCAAGACCAGAAUGGGCCAGAGUUGACGGUGGCGAAGGUGGUCUGCAUCCAUCCAAUGCCCAUGACUACGUUUAUUCCGUAGGUGCUUUAAACUUUACUGGUGACGAGCCUGUCAUUGUCACUUGUGAUGGUCCAUCUCUAGGUGGUUUUGUGUGUCAAGCAGUUGUACCAGAAGCCGAACUCUGGAAAGUCGGCCAAGUUAGACCCGGUGAUAAUAUCCAAUUUGUUCCUGUUUCAUAUGAAGCUGCUAGAGAAAUCAAGGAAUCGCAAGAUGAAGCAAUAUUGAAGCUAAACUCAUCUUGUUUGAGGAGAUUAGACAAAUCAUUGGAAUUGCCAACUUUUGAAAACCCAGUUUUAGCUCGACUAGAGAAGAGAUCUGAUUUGUCCCCAAAAGUCACUUACAGACAAGCAGGUGAUCGUUACAUACUUGUCGAGUAUGGUGAGAAUGAAAUGGAUUUCAAUAUCUCAUACAGAAUCGACCGUCUGAUUAAGUUGGUCGAGUUGCAUCAAACCGUUGGUAUUGUUGAAAUGUCUCAAGGUGUGAGAUCAGUAUUGAUCGAAUUCGAUGGUGCCAAGAACAGCCAAAAGAACUUAAUCGAUACCUUGUUAGCUUAUGAGAAUGAGAUACAGUUUGACAAGAACUGGUCAGUGAAAUCGAGAAUUAUCAGGUUACCAAUGGCUUUUGAAGACUCCAAAACUCUUGCCUGUGUUACGCGUUACCAAGAAACUAUUCGUCCUACCGCUCCAUGGUUGCCUAACAAUGUUGAUUUUAUCGCUGAUGUUAACGGUAUUAAGCGUGAGGAAGUGAGAGACAUGAUGUACACUGCUAAGUUUAUGGUCCUUGGUUUAGGUGAUGUUUUCUUAGGCUCUCCAUGUGCAGUCCCUCUUGACCCUCGUCAAAGAUUGCUCGGUUCGAAGUACAAUCCAUCUAGAACCUACACUGAAAGAGGUGUUGUUGGUCUUGGUGGUAUGUACAUGUGCAUUUACGCCACUUCAAGUCCUGGUGGUUAUCAAUUGGUCGGUAGGACUGUUCCUAUCUGGGAUAAACUCACCUUGGCCUCUUCUUCUAAGCAUCCAUGGUUGUUGACUCCCUUCGACCAGGUUGAGUUCUACCCAGUUUCUGAAAAAGAGCUAGAAAAGUUCACUGAAGAGUGCGAGAGUGGUAAGUUUGAGUUUGAGAUUGAAGAUAGUGUUUUCAGUCACAAGGAAUACUUGGGAUGGAUUCAAGAAAACAUUGAUUCAAUCGAAGCUUUUAAGAAGAGUCAAAUUGGUGAGAAAUCUGCAGAAUUCGCCAAAUUGAUUCAAGCUGCAAACUCCGACUUGAAGAGCUCAGAGACAAUAAAAGUUCAAUCAGAAGAAACAUAUCCUGAAGAUGCCGAACUUGUAUAUUCGGAACACUCAGGUCGUUUCUGGAAACCUAUUGUCUCUGUCGGUGAUGAAGUUAAAGCUGGCCAAGGCUUGAUUAUCGUUGAAGCCAUGAAGACGGAAAUGACUGUUUCAGCUACGAGGGAUGGUAAAGUUUUGAAAAUUUUACAUGAGAACGGUGACAUGGUCGACGCCGGUGAUUUAGUAGUUGUAUUGGAAUAG